UUAAUUCUCGGGUUUCUUCUGAGUGAGCAUAAAGAUUUCAGCAUUGGAGACCGAAUCGUUGCAGGAUAAUCCCAGAGAGUGUGAUCUACAGUUAUGGAACUGUUCUUCUGGAUCUUCUAAGUGGCAAGCAUAUUCCUCCAAGCCAUCAUACUAUGGGAAAGCGCAGAAAGUUGAAUAUCAUUCAGAAUGAUGGUCAAUCACAAGCAAAAGAGCAAUCAAUUGAAAGCUCUACUGAAGUGAACCAAAAUAACAACUCUAUACUUGAAGAAAAUGCACAAUUUGAAGAAGAACAACACAUACAAGAAGAUAGUCAUGUUCAGUCUCAUACUUCUCUUGAAAGUGCAAGUGAAAGUUCAACUAAAGAUAAAAAGAGAACUAGAGGUUAUACACAUAUGCUAGAUGUGUGGGACUUGCCAGAUGGAGAAUUCAUACUUGUUGAAGUAGAUCAUUGGGGCAAUCCUAUGGGUUGGGAAGGGAAAACUCUACUGAAUGCAAUUGGGAGCUUGGUAAGGAGACACCAAUGUGCUCCUAUCAAUUUUCUUAGCUGGAAAGACAUGCCUAAGGACUAUAUUACUGACAUGGUUGAAUUAAUUCAGAGUAAGUUUCGAUUUGUUCCUGAAUUAACUGAACAAACAAAGAAAAUAUUGAUUGAUGACAUGAGUCUGAAAUGGAGGCAAUUUAAAUAUGAACUGAAAUCAAAAGGAUAUGAUGAGAGCAAAACUAAGGAGGAAAUGAUUGCUCACAUCCCAGAUCCAAGGGUUGAUCCUUCUCAAUAUCGUGAUUUAGUACAUUAUUGGUGUUCUGAGAAAGGACAGAAAAUAAGCAACAUCAACAAAAGGAGCCGCUCAAAAUAUGAGGACUUGCAUUGCAUGGGAACCAAUAAUCUUCCAAGACGGAUUCAUGAGAUGACUACAAAGGCUAAGGGAGUGCAACCUUCUAGGGCAGAAAUUUAUAUUGACACUCGAACUCGAAAAGAUGGAAGCAUUAUUACUGAAAAGACUACUAUUGUAAUUGAUGAACUAAAAAAGAAAAUGGUUGAAGCAGAGAGUUCGCAAAAUUUAGAAAGCACUCAAGAUUCUACUGAUUGGACAAAUGAUAUAUAUUCAAAAGUCAAAGGACCUGAAAAAAGAGGACGUGUGCGUUGUCUUGGCAAGCUUCCACAUCAAGCAAGUUCAUCUCAAAGCUCUUAUACAAACAAUAGAAUUCAAAAGUUGGAGAAUUUGCUUGGAAACCUUGUAGCUGUGCUUAAAGUACGAUUUGCAGAAGAUCCACAAAUUAAUCAAGUCUUAGAAGAUAUAGAUCAAGAGGUAUGA